UUACUAUUUACUUUUACUAUUUAGCCGGUAAUUUUUCACAAACUACUAUAUAUAAACCCACAUCCACUCUUCUCAUUUCUCAUCAUCCAAGUUCUAAACCUAACCAAAUUUCUCUCUCAAGAUCCUUCUGAUCUUGCACAAGGAGAUAUGGAUUCAAGAACUGGGAUUUUGUCGGUCGUUCUUAUUAUGUUCAUGGCUAAUAAUUAUGGAACAAUAUUGGCGGCGGUUCCAAGGAAACCCAUUGAUGUCCCGUUUGGAAGGAAUUAUGUUCCCACUUGGGCUUUUGAUCAUAUUAAGUACUUCAAUGGCGGCUCUGAGAUCCAGCUCUAUUUGGACAAAAACACUGGAACCGGAUUCCAGUCCAAGGGUUCCUAUUUGUUCGGGCACUUCAGUAUGCAAAUCAAACUGGUCCCCGGCGACUCUGCCGGAACGGUCACCGCUUUCUAUUUGUCCUCUCAAAACUCUGAGCACGACGAGAUAGAUUUUGAGUUCUUAGGAAAUAGGUCGGGACAACCAUACAUUCUACAAACAAACGUCUUCACAGGAGGAAAGGGCGAUAGAGAACAAAGAGUUUAUCUUUGGUUUGAUCCCACCACUACCUUUCACUCUUACUCGGUUCUUUGGAAUCUUUACGUUAUCAUAUUCUUCGUGGACGACGUGCCCAUUAGAAUUUUCAAGAAUUGCAAGAACCUUGGCGUAAAAUUUCCCUUCAACCAACCUAUGAAGAUCUACUCUAGCCUUUGGAAUGCCGACGAUUGGGCCACUAGGGGUGGCCUCGAGCAUACGGAUUGGUCCAAGGCUCCCUUCGUUGCUGCCUAUAGAAGCUUCCACAUCGACGGUUGUGAGGCAUCGGUUGAGGCCAAGUUCUGUGCCACCCAGGGCACGCGUUGGUGGGACCAGAAGGAGUUUCAGGACCUCGAUAGUUUACAAUAUGGUCGUCUUCAAUGGGUCCGUCAGAAGUACACCAUAUACAACUAUUGCACUGAUCGCAAGAGAUACCCAAUUCAACCACCGGAAUGUGCUGCGGAUCAUGAUGUUUGAAUUUAAACAUAUAAAUAUAUUUAUGAGUUUAUAAUUUCUUAUGGUCCUAUUCUACCUAUAAUCUUAUAUUUUCUAAUCUGGUUGUUUGUUGUCAAAAUGUUGUACCUUUUUAAUGGAAUGUUGUAAUUUUUUAUUUAUCUAAUAAUAAAAUAAUUAUUUUUCUUU